AUGACGCUGCCAGGUGUCGCCAAAACGCUCAAGUGUUUCAGUUGCUCCUUUUCUUAUAACGAAAUUUACGAUCCCGAAAACAGGUAACGAAAGUUCAAAAAUGAAAAAAGGUUUUAAACUUGCAGAGAUGCUUGGUGUGCAAACGAGUCUUUGAUACAGUUCGACACGGAGGAAACGACCAAAACGUGCGCCGUUUGGGAGAAGUUUUGUGUGGUAGGAGAACUUGAAGAUAUUUCUAUUCCAUUAUUCAGACGGCCAUCACAACAAUCAAUAAAGCUUUCACUUCGGUGAGCCGCAACUGCGGAGAGCGCUGCUCUGAACUCUGCGAAUCGGUCGGCUACGGCGAGGAUCAGGUCGGUUGGAAAUUUCUCGGACUCCGGUGGGAUAAUUACCUAUUCUUGCGGUUCAUAGAGAGUGAAAGGAGGAAGUCCCGUACAUUUGCUCAGCGCGAAAAGCGUUGCAAAGAAGCCUUUUUCGGAUCGACAUAAACAAGGCGGAAGUUGGGGGGAAAGUUUCGUUGGCAUGGCUAUUGCAUUUUUCAAGUGCAUAGUACGCUCAUACUAAAAAUGGAAAGUCCAGCUGAGUCUUUCGCCAAAACUAGACGAAUUGGGUUGUCAAGAAAAAGUAAUGGUUAUCCAAUCAAAAAAAAAACUUGGAGAAAAAAUUUUAGUGAGAAGAAACUCAAAAACAAUGGAGCUGCUCAAAACAAUGAUUUCGUGCAAAAAAAGAACGAAUGCUAGCGCAUUAUUUAUAUGCCCGUGCGAGCCUGGCUAGAGCGUUUUCGAUAAUGACAAGUCCGAUUUUUCAACCAAGGCAUCAAUUUUCCUCGCACCUUUUGAAUAAUCGUAGGUACGCAGAAACCACAGACGCUAAGACCAAAAAUGCACAUUCUGCUCUUUAGUGACGAAAAAAUCGUAUUUGAGGAACUCUAAUACGAUCUGUUCCGCCUUAUCUCUCAUUUUGUGUUUCUUUAUAAAAAGUUACGAAAGUGCCUGCAAGACAUCUGUCAUUGUAGGUUUUCAAAUAAAUUUGCUCUAAUAGUGUAUUUUGAUGGUACCAAGAGCCAGAAAAAACUCUAUAAAAUAAUCGCCUUCGAAGUAAUUAUCGGUGGACAAGAUACAUUUAUGUGAGUAUCGAUCUUCUUUCAACUAUAAAAUCGUUAAAUAUCUGCGAACUUAAGGUGAAUUGAAUUGAAAUGAGUGGAUUUCUGGCCACUAGGAAAGGGAAUAGUAACGUAGUAGCAAGAGAGGAAGCCAGGAGCCAAGUGAAGCGAAGUAUACGUUUUUGACUCGCAGAAAAUUUCGCGCUUGGUGGAGCUCGACGUCUUUUCAUUUGGCAAACCCCUAGAUUCGGCCAUGUGAUUCGCACCGUUUCGCGUGGGGCGUGGAAUCGCGUCAGUCCAAGUUCACUCACUCAUGAACUAGAUGCAAAAGAGAAAAAGUCUCCAAAACGCCAUUUGAAUCACAAAUCAGCUUUUUUUCUGGAAAGGUCACAGCGAAGUUUUGUGAAAAGUAAAGAAUUACGAGUUUUCUUUAUCCAAAGCUACAAAAUGUUUGUCUUUUUUUUUGAUUUCCGAAAAGAUUGGUUGUCAGCUUACUAAAAGUCCCGUUUUUAUGACGCCACUUGCCGUCGUGGAGAAAUAAGUGUGAAACUUCGGGGUCUCUUCGACUUUUUCCACAUAUUUUUCAUUUCACAAAAAGAAAAAUUCGUUACCUUUUGUACGAACUCAAAAAAACGUCGAAAAUCUGAAGGUAAAUUGCGACGAUUGCUGCGAAGAAGAUUUAUGCAACGCCAACUUUUCUGUGCAAUAUUACGAAGAUAUGAUGCAGAGACAAUACACCGGAUGGAUCAACGCACUCCCAGGCGAGGUGAGAGAUUCGAAAAAUUUCAUCAAAGAAAUUUUAAAGCUACAGGUCGCGUGGAACCGGAAAAGUAACACGAGGUUUCUCUACGACGCCGCAGCGAAUUCAAACUUGUUUUCCGUUUUUUUCUCGUUACUAAUAUUUCUACCGCGGAUAUAAAACCAGCUUCUUGUGUAGUUUGGAGCCAGAACGAAAAACAAUGACAAUAAGAAGGAAAUUGAGACGGAGAUGGGGUCGCGGCGAAGCAUGGCAGCACUAAUGUGUUAUCUAGACGGCAUCUUCAUGUCGCUGCUGCCUUUUUCUGGCGCGCUCCCAAGGGUUUCAGACUCCUGGAACAGUUUUUUUUUUCUGGAGAUUGAACCGCCCUUUUCAGAAAAAAAGCCUUGGAGUAAGUUGAGAAAAGAGAGGAGAUUGUUAAGCGAAAUGAGCAGAAGAAACUACAUUGAAAAAUUUUCCAAAAAAUGUGGAAAAAAAAAAUUUCGAAGCUAUUUUGAAGCGCGUUCGUAGCGAAGACUCAGCAGAUCACUGAUAGAGCAAAAACCCGCAAGACACUGCUGACAAUCGUGGAGACGCCGACGACAAAGACAAAUCCGGACGCUUGA